UUCUGAGAGAAAGAAAUAACAUCUGCAAAUGAAAUGCUGUUCCUGCAACUUCCAUUGUUAGUGGUUCUCCUCCCAGGUGCUGACAGUAAAGAUGACUUCCAGGAGCCAGUCUCCUUCCAAAUCAUCCAGAUCUCAUCCUUUUACAACCAAUCCUGGGUAAAAAAUCUGGGCUCAGGUUGGUUGGGUGAGUUGCAGACUCAUGGGUGGGAGAGCAACUCUGGUGCUUUUAUUUUCCUGUGGCCCUGGUCCAAAGGCAACUUCAGCAAUGAGGAGCUGAUGGAACUGGAAAAAUUAUUCCUUAUGUUCUCCAUUGGAAUUCCUCGGGCAUUUCAAACCCAUGCCAGUCAAUGGCAGCUUGAAUAUCCCUUUGAGGUACAGUUGGUAGGAGGCUGUGAGCUGCAUCUCAGGGAAGCCUCAGUUGGCUUCGUGCGAUUUGCUUAUCAAGGAUCAGAUUACAUGAGCAUGCAGAACAAUUCAUGGUUGCCAUCUCCAGAGGGUGGAAGUAGGGCUCAGCAUGCCUGCAGACUAUUCAAUUUGGAUAAAGUCAGCCUGGAAAUAGUACAGAGGUUCCUCAGUGACACCUGUCCACGUUUCUUCUUGGGACUUCUUGAUGCAGGGAAGGCAGAUCUCCAGCGACAAGUAAGACCAGAGGCCUGGCUGUCCACUGGUCCUAGUCCUGGUCCUGGCCGUCUGAUGCUGGUUUGUCACGUCUCUGGCUUCCACCCAAAGCCUAUUUCGGUGAUGUGGAUGCAAGGUGAGCAGAAGCAUCUGGGCACUCAGUGAGGUGACAUCUUGCCCAAUGCUGAUGGGACAUGGUAUCUUCGGAUGUCAUUGGAUGUGGAAGCCGUUGAGGCAGCUGGCCUGUCUUGCCGGGUGAGACACAGCAGUCUAGGAGGCCAGGACAUCAUCCUCUACUGGGGACAUCACAACUCCAUGGGCUUGAUCUUCUUGGCAGUAAUAGUGCCCCUGGCACUUCUGACAGGUCUUGCAUUUUGGCUUAGGAAGUGCUGGAUACACAGUGAAUUUACAAGAACUCUUCUCCCUUCGGAAUGUAAUCCCUGCCCAGAAUGUACCUAA